GUGGAUCAUUGUGGAUUGUAGAAAGGAAUUUCUUAAACAUCAGUGCGAUUUCAGAUUUUUGCGCAAUUAUUUUAACAGUUUUCAGCAAUAUUUGCAUGUAACUUUGUAAAUACAGCAAUUAGGGGCUACUAAUAACAAAUGUCAACUUGUAAUUGACGAACAACGUUAUCACAAGCUUAGGGCAUGGUUACAUGUUUAUACAUUUAAAGGUGCAAAAUUUAAUUAAAAAGGCCUCUUUCGAGGAAUGCUAAGCUAUUUAUAGAUUUAAAACAGCAUUAUGUUUUCAAAGAAAAAGAAGAAGGUACUUAUUUCUCCACCAAGCAAUUUUGAACAUAGGGUGCAUACUGGUUUCGAUAAAAGGGAAGGAAAGUUUGUUGGACUGCCACUACAAUGGGCUUCUCUUGUGGGAAAUAAUCAGAUUUUGAAAUCGACAAACAGACCUCUACCGUUGGUCGACCCAUCUGAAAUAACACCUACAGAGAUCCUCGACUUGAAGACCAUUGUGCGUGGGGAUCACAGAACAACAUCAGUCGCUUCAAUUUCAAGACCAGUGUCUGCCAACCCGUCCACUCAACCUGUACAAAAUGGUGUUAUUCUGCCGAAAACAUCAAAUGUGGCACGAUCAAACUCUCUGCGUAGCACUAGCCCGCCUAGAAUCAGAAGGGACUUAAGAAAUCAACCAAACAUUCCCCCAUCUGUGCCUGAAGAGUCACCACCAGUACCGCCGGCUCCUACUCAAUAUCCGAGCUUGAGGAGGGAGCAGAGUAACUAUGCGUUGAACAAACCAAUAUCAGACUCUCCUAUCGAAUGGUCUCAUAGUCAUCAUGAGCCUGCAGUGCGACCGGUUUCCGAGCCUAUUGACAAUCAACCACCAAUUCCUUAUCCGAGUGUGCAGAAUGCAAAUGUACCGUAUCCACAUAGCCAUCCCCCUCAAAUGAUGCCAGGACACGGCAUUAAUGGAAACAAUAAUAUGGGUGAUCCAUACCCGUCUGUCCGCCAUCAACACUUGGUCCCAGGGGCUCCAGCAGCUGCCCACCUGCCCCUCUCUGCCUCCAAGCACGAGCUGCGCCUUACACAUGAACAGUUCCGUGCGGCGCUCCGACUGGUGGUAAGCGAAGGGGACCCACGUUCAACUCUGACUGGCUUCACCAAGAUCGGGAAAGGCAGCACGGGCAUCGUUUGCGCCGCCACUGACACUCGCACCAGACGUCGAGUCGCCGUGAAGAUGAUGAACCUGCUCAACCAACAGCGCAGGGAGCUGCUGUUUAAUGAAGUGGUGAUAAUGCGCGACUACCCCCACCCGAACAUAGUGGAGAUGCACGCGUCGUACCUGGUGGGGGAGGAGCUGUGGGUGGUGAUGGAGUACAUGGCGGGCGCGUCGCUCACGCAGAUCGUCACCAGGACGCGCAUGGACCCCGAGCAGAUCGCCACCGUGUGCAAGCAGUGCCUGAAGGCUUUGGCGUUCCUCCACGGUCAAGGAGUGAUUCACCGCGACAUAAAAUCCGACUCCAUCCUGCUCACAGCCGACGGCAGAGUCAAGCUGUCUGACUUCGGAUUCUGUGCUCAAGUCUCUCAGGAGCUUCCCAAACGCAAAUCGCUGGUUGGUACACCAUAUUGGAUGUCUCCGGAGGUGAUAUCCAGACUGCCGUACGGACCGGAAGUGGAUGUGUGGUCUCUCGGCAUCAUGCUGAUCGAAAUGGUCGAUGGAGAACCGCCAUUUUUCAAUGAACCACCUCUGCAGGCGAUGCGUCGUAUCCGCGACAUGCCGCCGCCGAGGCCGCGGCGCGCGGGCGCCUGUCCCCCCGAACUACUCUCGUUCUUGGAGUGCGCGCUCGUGCGCGAUCCUGCGCAACGUCACACCGCCUCGCGUCUGCUCCACCACUCGUUCCUGCGCCGCGCCGGCCCGCCAGCGCUGCUCGUGCCCCUCAUGACGCCGGACGAUCAACCGCCUAAUUAGUGCGUCGCCGUGCGCGGCCGUGCGCUAUGCUCGACAAUCAAUGACCAUGAUAUCAGACUAAAAGGAGAUAAAGUGCGCUGCGGUGCGUCGUCGCGCGCGAUCCCGCACGGAAUUACUUGGCAGGAAAAAAUGCCCGACACAUUGUUGUGACAUUUUUUCAUGAUUCAAACAAUCAAUAAUCAUGACAUCAGCCUAUGAGUGCUUAACUAAAGUCAAUUUAUAUCGCUUUGAUCCAUCUGUCACCUGGGGCAUAUUUGUUUCGUGAGUUCAUAGCAGUUCAAAGCUGCCGUUGCAUGAAUAUGCGAUUGAAAAAAAAUCGGCGUUGUCUCUUUGCCAGUUUAGUGGAAACGGACAAACUGCCGCACUCAGAGACGAAUAUUAAUUACUUUACAGUAAAUUGCAAUUAAUACCUCAAUCGUGGGAAUCAUAGACAAAAGAUUUUCAAUUAUUAUGCUGCACCCAGAUGUCGCUUGGGAGU